AUGGCGACUGCUUUUCAGAAAUUGCGAUUUGCCUGGAGCUUUCGCGCGGUUUUUGCCGGGAGAGAAUUUGUCAUAAAUACUCUUCUUCAGGCUAAAACGAAAAACAAAGCUACAACGUACAUUCGAAAGGGGGUAUGUCUAGAAUGGUUCUUCAUGUUUUUUUUGGUUUUUCCAAGGCUCCAACAAGUUAUUUAUUAUUCACUUCGACACGAUGUACCACAUGUACACUAGUGCUACAGAUAUGUGACAGAUCAAAAUUAAAUUCAGGUUAAAUUUUUUUAACCUAGGUUGAUUCUCUAUCCUAUUUGUGUACUAGCCCUGAUAUUAUUUAUGAAUUAGGGCUAGGAGACAGAGGAAACCAACCAAGGUUCAGUAAAAAAACUUCAACCUGAAUUUUAUUGAGACUUAAUAAGCUUAAUUUCGACCUGUAACAGAUACACUGUGUACAGCGUUUAGUGGUCUUUUACUCCCUUCUUUUGGCAUUUUCUAGAAUAACACUUUGGUUUGUCGCGAUUUGUCAAACCUGUAUUUAACGGUCAGCCUAUAUUAAGCAGUGAGUAAGCUCUCUCCCAAGCCCGUCUGCAGAGUAUAGCAGAACUCGACGAGAUCUCGCACGUGCAAGGCUGGUUUUAGGCCCUUAUUGCUUAUAAAUAUUUUUAAAAAACUUGUGCGUGCACCUGCCAUACUCUGCAGACUGGCUCCCAAGGGUGUGCACAUCGCUUAAUACAGGUUUGACUGUAGGAAGUCCAAGGAGGUGUUUUCUCUUUUUAACAUUGUUUCUGUUGUCUCAACACCUAAAACAAGUGAGUAUGUGUUUAAAAAUAGAAACACGUUUAUUGCAACACCUUGCAUGGCUGUGACAGGGCAGCAAUAUGGAUAAAUUGAAACCAGCCAAAAAUUAUAGGUAAAAAAUUGUAUAAACUUAUGAGAACCAGCAGUGUAAUCUGUUAAUGCUGCAAUGAACUAGCGUCCCAUUUUAUUCAUUAUCAUCCGAAGAGACGUAUUUUAAACACUGAGUGUUUAAAAUACGUCUCUUGCAUGUAGGGUUUGUUUUACAUUAUAUCAAGAUGAUCAUUUUCUUGUAGGCCUAUAUCCUGUGUAAAAGGCUGAGACAGACAGCUCAACCUGGAACAGUAGUACCUCCAUUACUUUCCCUUGGUUGGUUUGGAACCUCAAAGCCUCAGGAAACUUCAUCUUUAUCCGAAUCUACAAACAAAUUGAGUCAAUUAGACAAUGAUUUGAAGACUGCUGAUGAGUUGUACGACAGCAAUGAAACACAAGAAGCGUAUGAACUUCUUAACAAACACAAAGAUUCCAAGAGUGCAGAUGUAGAGUGGCGAUUAGCCAGAGCAUGUCGAGUGCUGGCAGAAAAAAGCAAAGACUCAGAGAAGAAGAAAGCAUUAACUUAUGAAUCAUUGGAUCAUGCUAAACUGGCUUUGAGUAUAGAUGAAAAGAAUUUUGCUUGUCAUAAGGUGAGGGUCAUUAUAUUAUAAAAGUAGAAAGAAAUAUUGUUUUUAAUAUUAUGUAGAAGACAGCAUCUUUGCAAUUACAAAUAUCAAGGUAAAUAAUAGAUUGAUAUUAUAACAAAAUAUCAAAAACUGUCAUAAAUGUCAUACUCUAGCUAUUCAUUUCACACUUCCACAGAUUUUCACACAUUACAUUCAAUAAUUCAAUUUUCCAGGUACACCUUGUUAAAAGUUUUUAUUUGUGUUCCUUGAUUUGUAUGCAAGUGAAAGUUGAAAAAACUUGAAAAAGGGUCUAUUUUAAUUUCUAACUUGGUAACUAUGCCCAUUAGUGAUCCAAAUAGUUAUCAGUGACAUCGUAUUACAUCAUAUUGGCUUCACUACCUAUAUACAUAUCUUCUUUGCAGUGGUAUGCAAUUGCACUCUCUAAUGUUGGUGACUAUGAAGGAAAUAAGGCCAAAUUACAGAAUGCCUACACCAUGAAGGAGCAUUUUGAGGUAGAAAUAAUAAACCUUACUGAAUUGGAAGUGUCAGUUACUCUAAAAUACUUGAAUUAACACUAGGGGUGCUAGUUUGUGUCAAGGAAGAGGGGGGCUAAUUAGAAGAGAGUACCUCAAAAUUUUCUUUGUUUCAAGUACAACAAUGUUCUCAUGUGGCUCAUUCUCUAGUGGUGGUACAUGUUACACUAUAUUCAGAUACACACAUCAUAUGGGGGCAUGGCACAUGGCAUGGGGGGCACUUAUUUAAAUGGGGGUGGUAAUUAAAGCUAUCACAGGUGAUUUAACAUUAACAUCGUAACUGAAGAUGAAUGUAAGAUGUAACUGAAGAUAAAGUUGGCUUUUUACAUAACCUCAAAAAUAAAUCUUUUUUCGCAGUUUUAGGCACUGUCUAAUGCAUAAUUUUACAAGAAAGUGCCAAGAAGCUGGAAAAAAUAUUUCUUUGAUAUUAAUAACGGAAUAUUCUUUGUUUCUGUUCCAUCCGCUUAAAUAUAUUACUGGUGUAAAGAAUGUUAUUUUCUUUCCUGAGUUUUCUUUAUG